UAGCUCGAUAGAUUGAUUAGCACCUUUUUAGAGGAGGAGAAGGGGUGCAAUAAAUGUAGGAAAUUACCUCAGACUUGGUCCCUUGUGGCUGCCUCCCUAGUCUUUAGUUUAUCAAUAGGUAUACACACCAUAUAAUUGACUGAUUCCUUAUCGAACGACUCGACUUAUCAGUUGCCAUACAAACUGCAGGCGUUUCAGCACUUUCUUCAGUCUCUGUUUGCAGCUCUUGCCGUCCGUUUAUAGUUUGAAUUACAGCUUUUUGCUAUACAGUCUGGCCCGGCAUCUUAUCAACACGAGAUUAGAUAUUGUUUAGCAGUCUCUGACUUACAUCCAUGUCGCUGGCUAUUUACAGAGUCCUUCCACCAGACGACAGAUCCCCAGUUAAAGUCGAACGGCGAACGACAGACAACGUGCUAAAAUUAUGAUCUUAUCUGGGUAGAAACACCUUCUCCAGACCGAGGAUUUCAUGGAGACAUUUAGACUGUGAUACUUUGCAGCCAUAGUUUGCAAAAUCUAGACAAUGGUGCGACUCAACAGGCGCCUGCUGCCCAUCAAGGCACAUUUCUUCUUUUUUAUGGCAGCCAUGGGACCUAUUUUGCCACAACUGCCGGUGAUUGGCAAGCAAAUCGGAGUUCCACCGGACGUAAUGGGCUACAUAAUGGCCGUCUUGCCUAUACUCUAUGUCCUGGCCAAGCCCAUGGUGGGAUUUCUAGUGGAUUACUUCACGAGCCUGCGGAAGUUCAUCUUCAUCGCUCUUAUUCUAAUCAUGACACUUGCCUUUGCUGGAUUUUAUUUCCUGCCCGACAAUUCGCACUUCAUCCCGUUGGAGGACGGCAGUGCCCAGUGGAAUGUGUCGGUGCUGGAAACUCCACCGGAUUGUAGCUUCUCGAUUUACUCCUCCAGAGCGUUUUGCCAAACGACUCAUCAGGCGAAUUGUAUUCAGGAAGGAGAGGAAGCAGAACAUCCCGUCCUAAUUGUGGCUUAUGAGGCAGGACUCAAUCUCAGCCAGAAUAUGCUUCAUGAAAACGGCAGUUAUCACAUGUGCUUAACCCAACCAGCAUCCAGUGAAUGGACUCAAGCUAAUGCAUCUUGUCAUUUGCAACCUGUGAACCAAUGCAUCUAUGGAGCUGGCAAAUUCUGGCUUUUCGUGUGCCUGCUCUGCAUUGGAAUCGUUGGCUUCAACGUGACCAAUUCCAUAUCCGAUGCCUGCUGCUUCGAUCUGCUGGGCGACGAGGAGCAGGGCAAGUACGGAGCACAACGAGUGUGGGGCACCAUAGGGUUUGGAGCUACGGCCUUGCUAGCUGGCGUUGUGGUCAACUGGUGGACCUCGGACGCCAUUAAAAGUCUGACACCCGCCUUGAUCAUCAUGUGCGUUUUCAGUUUAAUGGAUCUGUUUAGUGUAUCCAGACUGAAGCUGCCCAAACUGGGUGGCUCCGAGUCCAUCUGGAGCGAUGUGUGGCAACUGGUUCGUCAGCCACCCAUAGUGGUCUUCCUGUUCUUCGCCACCAUGGCCGGCAUCAUCGACUCGUUCAUCAUCUACUUCAUGUUCUGGCACUUGGAACAGGUGGCCGAGGCCACUGGCUACAUGCAUCAGAUCAAACUGAUCGAGGGUCUGGUGGUGGCCGCCGAGUGCCUGGCCGGAGAGGUGCCCUUCUUCUUCUACAGUGGGAAGAUCAUCAAGAAGCUGGGCUACGUUCACUGCAUGAGCAUGUGCUUUUUCUUCUACGCGGUGCGGCUAUCACUGAUUGCCUGGAUACCAAAUCCCUGGUAUCUGGUCGGAGUGGAACUCUUUUUCCAGGGCAUUACCUAUGCCCUGUGCUACACCUGCAUCGUGGCCUACGCCUCGGCGGUGGCUCCGCCAGGAACUUCGGCCACGGUCCAGGGAUUGAUGGCUGGCAUGGAUGAUGGGCUUGGAUUCUCCAUUGGGUCCCUGAUCGGCGGUCUGAUGUUCAACAGUCUGGGGGGACGAGAAAGUUUCAAAUACUUUGCCAUCGCUGCCAUUUGCACCUGCGUGGCCCACAUUGUGGUGCGUCCCACCUCCAGAAAACGACAGUUCCUGCCCAAGCAGGGAUACCAGCCUCCCCCGGAACAGGAGAUUAAGCACCCGCCGGCUCAGGAAUUGCAGGAGAUUCGUUAGAGAUUAAAUUAAGUUGCUUAUUUUUGUACUCAAUUUUGGACAAUAAAACGAGUUGUCCAAAAGUUGAACGACUUUGCUGUCGGUUAA